AUGAUCUCACUCUUCCGCUGCACGCUCCUGGCACUCACGCAAGUGACUCUUGCAUUAGAGCCAGCGUCACUCACGGGAUUCGACUGCGUAUCCCAACCCAUUCGGCAAACAGAAAUAUCACUGAAAAACAUCAAGGAAUGCAAUGGAUCUAUUGAAACAACUACCAACACCACAGCAAUCAUUCAAGUGGUUCAACAAAAUGAAGAGAUGCCAAUCAGAGUAAUUUCUUGCAAAAUAGAAAUACUCCGAAUAGCACACCGUUGUUCAAUGUGGGGUGACCUGCAAUCAGUGCCAAACUCCCUACGCACAUAUUAUCCGGACCUUACAAUGAGUCAAUGCCACAGUUUGAUCAAAGACAGAGCAGCCACGGACUACGGAAAAAUGGUUGACUUAACCAUAAAUGGAGAAACCAUCAGAACCACCCUACUAGCGGGUGAAAUUAAACCCAAAGGAGGAUGCACCGGAGGAAGCUACUCUGACGGCACUUAUAACUACGAUGACGUAGUAGUACAGGCAACAAUAAAAUUCACCCUCUAUGACUCGGAGGCCAUAUUCAACCCAACUUUAAACGAAAUUUAUCUCAAAACAGGAGUGAAAUGUGUAUAUUCUGCAGGAAAAUGUUUUGAUCCAGACAGAGGAUACACAUUUUGGGAACCGGAAAUACAGGACAAAUGCGAUGCAAAGCACUACACAGUCUUGUAUGAAGGACCAGCAACCCACUUCAAUGACUCCACUGCCGCAUAUCCUAUUUCUUACCUGGUGAAUGAAAAUGAUGUGGCUUUUAGUCUGACUGCCAUAAAAAGAACUAGAAUCUGUCAUCACGAAGCAUUUCAGACAGAACACUCCAGAUUUUUCGUCCUUCCAAAAACAGAAUAUGAAUUUCCUUUCUACAAAAAUUCCAAAAAUGUCACUGCAGACAUAUUGACCUAUUUCAAUGUGAAAUUCGUGUUUCUCGAUAGACACAUCAAAUCCUCUCUCUCUCACUUAUACACCCAGCUGCGGUCAGCAGCUUGCCAACUAGAACGUCAAAUUCUAGAGCAUCACUUAACGCUUGCCAUACACCACGGAGAUGAUUUUGCUUGGAUUAGAGGAGGAGGCCCAGGUUACAUGACUAUCACCAUGGGCGAAGUCGCCUAUCUCCUCCAAUGUCUAGCCGUUCCAGUCACCUUACGGCAAACAGAUUCCUGUUACAAUGAAAUUCCAGUAUACUACAAAAACGAGACAAAAUUUCUGAUCCCCAGAACACGAAUCCUCACAUCAAAAGGCACAGAAGUAGACUGUAGCCCAAACAUGCCGGUCAAAUUUGAAAUCAACGGGCGCUGGCGUAGUUUCACCCCCCGCAUCAUGCCAGCAGACCCACCUACUGAACUCACAUCUCAACUUGCAAUAGAUUGGAAAUACACUAGUCCAGACAGCCUCUUUCAAGCAGGCAUCUACACGUUGGAAGAUAUCAAGGCCUUUCAAAGACGAAUAACCUACCCUCUUGAGAGCGGGGCAGUGCAAAACGCCCUUACUAGAGAAGCAAUGGGCCUCCCACAGAACGCUGGACCUCCCAGUGUACAAAUCUCGCUAGAAUCACAGCGCGUGGCGCACUUCACUCUCAAGAGCUCCAGAAAUUAUUGCAUCUUCUUAAGAGGCCCUGAGCUCAUCCCAGCCGAAAAGUGCAUCCUUUUCUCAGUCGAGAUCAAUAUCAAACGCACAAUGGACGCGCUCCUGACUUCCUUUGAAGAUGCCAGGACCUCGGCCCCCGAACAAAAAAAACCGCCCGUCACCCAAGCACAUCGCAGGAAAAUGGCAGGAACAGCGAUCAGACCAUGGACACCUCAGCUACUUCCCAUCAGUGAAAGUUCACCCCCAGUGCCUUCUCCUAACGUGCAGUUCACCAGUGAUGACCCUAGAAACCCAAGGAACAAAAAUAUCACCCCAGGCCCCAGUGCCCCCUCAACCCCCAGUGCUCAUCUCCCAUCAGUCGUACCCACCCCUAGUGCAAGUGCUCCCAAACCAACCGUGAAGCCCAUCUCUCCGUGCAAAACCUCCAAUACUCCUAGUACCCUCCUGCCAAAAUCGCAACUUGUGAAACCCCUCUCCGCCUCUACACCCCCGGCAGUUCCGCGCGCGAAAUCCAACACCCCCAGUGCGGUCAAGCCUACAUCGCCCGCUGUGAAACUUGUCUCUAACCCUACAAUUCCACCACCCCAGUGCCCCAGAAAACCCGACACCCCUACUGAACUCAAGUCUAAAUCGCCCGCCGUGAAACAUAACUCUUCCUCUAAAAUUCCACCAACUCAGUGCGCCAAGCCUCCACACGCAAAAUCCACCCCUAGCUCCAAACAGUCAAGCACCCCUCACUCAAAACCACGGACUUCACAAACCCGAACAGGCAAUAAUGCACCCUUGGUCUCACGUCCUAAGAAGAAUACCCCCAAGGCCACAACGGACACUCCCAGCACCAAACCGCCGGCACCAGCCCCUGGAAAACCAGCAACUACAUGGAAAAUUCCGAAAAAGCGAAAAUCACCAUCCGAGCUAUUCCUGGACCUAGGCUUGGACCUACCAGACCUGCUAUCUCCACUUACUUCGCCCGUCACCGCACCUCCGCCACCUUCCAAUGAACUUCCACCGGCCAAGACUCCGCCAUUCUCCUCACCCCCGAUUCCGGAACACGCCGCUACUCCCUCCACAGCGGAAUCACCAGCAACACCAGGUACUUCAAUGGCAGCGCCCCUAGAGCCAGAGCCCCUACCUCUUUAUGCCGCGCCCUUCCAGACCUCCUUCCCCACACUAAGUCACUACCCACAAUCAGCCCAAUUUCUGUAUGCCCUCUCCUCCCUGCUAGGCCCUUUACACUACUCUCCAGCCCAACCUGAAUAUUUUCCAUCGCUUCAACCCACACCGCUCCCUGAACCAUGGAUUCAACCAUACACCCCCACCCCGCUGACCGCUUCCAUCCCAGUCCACACAGGAUUCACUGGACCCACACGGACCAGCAGAAGAGCUGGAAAACGCGUACAGCGCAAAAAACAGCGUUACGCACCUUCAUCAACCCUUAAGUGCGCCAUUCUCUACAUUUUAGUUAUAUUUCAUAACUAUUAUUGUGAAUCAGCUUCGUAUUCAGCGCCCCUCAACCUUGCAGGCUGCUUUUGAGCGCCCAACUAAUUUAAGAUGCACCGUAAUUUUUUCCUUGUGUGGCAGCUAUCACUAAGCGCCCUCCUACUUUAGGAUAGACUGUAAUUUUUUCCGAGGCAGCUACCAUUAAGCGCCCAACUAAUUUACGAUACACCUUAAUUUUUCCUCACGUGGCAGCUACCACUAAGCGCCCGUCUAAUUUAAGAUAGAAUGUAAUUUUUUUUUUCCUGAGGCAGCUACCACUGAGCGCCCAACUAGCCUAAGAUAUACCAUAAUUUUCUCUUAUGAGGCAGCCACCCUUUAGCGCCUCUUACUCAUGCCGGCCGCUAUUCAGCGCCCAUGAGUUAGCUAGACUUAUGCUAUAAGAAGCCCCCCCCCCCACCCCCAUCAUUAGCACCCACUUCAAAUGUUCACGUGGCAGCUUCCAUAGUUAGCGCCCGUUUUUUCACCCUCCAUCUUGGCUGGUUGUCCGGCCUUUUGAAAUUGCUUCGCAAUUUUGUUAGGUGCGUAAGGUGUGGCGGCGCGGCACUCGCACUCAGCAGUGCGCGUGGCGUGCUGACGCGCCCGCUCGACGCAAUUCCGACUUCGGCCGCUAGAUGCAGUUCGAUCGCUCGGUUCCCUAUCGCAAAGCUGCAAACCAGCCUGGUGGGGAGUCGGCGAUCGACUAUAAAUAGUGGCCGGAGCAUAGGCCGGGCACCAGUAUUUGAUCAAGAUUCGUGGAAGACCAACCAGUCCCAGUCAUCGGCCCGACCCGUAAGCACCAGGGCUAAGGCCCGAACCUCCGCGGCACAGACCCGCACUACCAUCACGCCCCGGACGCGUACACCAAACUCGGCUCAGACCCGAACCCCCCCCCCUCCCCAUCUCAUAGCCCGCUCUCAAACCUUAGACCUGUUCAUAUAUAUGUGUAUGUGAAGCCAAUAAUUGAAAUAGUAUAAAUAAAAUAUGUGUCACU